GAGCGCGGCGGCGACCGGUCCGACUCCCGCGACCGCAGCAGGCAUCGCCGCCGGCGCGGCGGCAGCCGGGAGGGCGGCCGGCGCGGCGAGCGGCGCAACCACAGCCGCGACCGCGGGCGCUCAGGUGGCAGGCGCGACCGCAGCCGGGACCGGAGAG